GUUUGACUAAAGUCCAAUCAGCGACCUACUACCAGCCCACGGUGGUGACCACAUACCAGCCGAGGGAGCCAGAAGAUUCGCACCUGAAGGACAAGUUCAACUCUAGGAAGAUUCAGGCCAAAGUCCGGUUCAUGAGGGAGCUGAGGGCCAGGAGGGGCAGAGAAAGCAGGAGGAAAAGAAGGACUUGGAAGGAAGCCGGUCAUGGUGACGCACGCCUGUAAUCCCAGCAGCUCAGGAGGCUGAGGCAGGAGGAUCGUGAGUUCAAAGCCAGCUUCAGCAACAGCGAGGUGCUAAGCAACUCAGUGAGACCCUGUCUCUAAAUAAAACACAAAAUAGGGCUGGGGUUCUGGCUCAGUGGUCAAGUGCCCCUGAGUUCAAUCCUCAGUUACCCCCUUCCCCAAAAAGAAGGACUAUAAAAUAGAGCAAAGGUUGUGCCCGGGUGGAGGCCCAGAGACCGCGAUCAGUACUGUUCACUGAGCGCACCUGGGCCCUGCCAUUAAGUGACUUGACUGUGAAUUUAUCUUCUUUCUUUCUUUCUUCUUUUUUUUUGGGGGGGGAGGGGUAAUUGGGGAUUGAAUCCAGGGAUGAUUUGCCACUGAGCUGCUACAUCCCCAGCCCUUUUUUUAAAAAUUGAUUUUGUUUUUUUUAGAUAUACGACAGUGGAAUGCAUUACAAUUCUUAUUACACAUAUAGAGCACAAUUUUUCAUAUCUUUUAUAUAAAGUAUGUUCACGCCAAUUCAUGUCUUUAUACAUGUACUGUUUGUUUUUUUUGCAUUACAAUUCUUAUUACACUUAUAUACCACACUUUUUCUUAUCUCUGUUUGUAUAUAAAGUAUGUUGACACCCAAUUCGUGUCUUUAUACAUGUACUUUGUAUAAUUUUUUAUUUUGAGACAGCUCUCACUAAAUUGCUUGGAGCCUCACUAAGUUGCUGAGGCUGGACUCAAACUUGGAAUCCUUCUGCCUCAGCCUCCCUUAGGGUGCUGGGAUUACAGGCGUGAGCCACCACACCUGGCUUCCUUUAUGUUUCAUAGCAGCUCUCUGAAGCAAGUCUUAGUUUCUGGCAGCUUUAGAAUGAGUAUAACCACGUUUUGGAAAGUUAAUUAACAUGUCUAAAUUCCCUGAGAUGGUAAGUGGCAGAGAUUCGAACCAAGGUGUGUCUCGGCCUAAUAUCUAAGCCAUAGUCACUGGUUUAGCCACUUCUUGCAGUUUUAAGCCCACUCAGUCCUUACCUUAGUGUAGUGAAAAGACCCUCUGUUUCCAAUGCCAGAAGCAGCAUUUCUUGGCUGUGUGACAUUGAGCAAAUCACUUAACCUCUCUGAGCCUCACUGAGCCUUCACUUACCAGCAAAAUAGAAUUAAUAAACAGGGAUGCUGAAGGUUGAACUGAUACUAUGUGCCACCUGCAGACAGGGCUCAGUGCAGAGAGGCAUGCGAUGAUUGCUACUGAUGCUGUUAUUACUAUGGAUUUUAUGUGCCCAAGGUUGGCUGUGACCUCGGCAAGUCACUAACCUCCCUAGCCCUCGUCGUUUUCACAGGUGUGUUGCUUGAGGCCGGGGAUAGUCCUUAUCGUCAUCCAUUCUGCCCCUCCUUCCCCCGCAGACCUGGCCCAUCACCUGGGGCGUUUAUCCCUGUUAUUUCUAGAUUUCAUUGAUUUAAAAAGCCAUGGAUAGUAAGUGCACCUUUAUUUUAUUUAGUCACUAAUGAAAUCUGUCAAUGAGAGGGUGACAUGCCACCAACUGUAAGACGCAUGCCCCCUUCAGAGGUGUGACUAUGGGGAAAUGUGCAUUUCCGGACGGACGAAAGGGAACCCGGCCCGGGACUUGCAGGCGCUGGGCAGGCGGACAAUGGGGACCUGGGAACCGCCGUCCUGCUCGGCGCACCGACCCGGGGAGGCCACAGGGGGCGGCCGAUGGCGGCAGGCAGCGGUCCCCAGGUCCCUGGGCUCCGGCGUAGCGCCGCUCCCUUGCCGGCCCCCUCCCGCAGUCGAUGGUCAGGAACCAGCGGACCUCGCUCCUGGAGAUGCGCCAGCACAAGUUCUUCCUCGGCAAGCUGUGCGACAAGCUGGUGAGAGCCAUCCAGGACACCGAGGACAGCACGGCCUUGCGCGUGCGGGCGAUGCUGCAGCAGCAGGACACCCUGACGAACAUCAUCGACAUCCUGGAGUACUCCAACAAGAAGAGGAUACAGCAAUUGCAGUCUGAGCUCCAGGAGUGGGAAGAUAAGGAGGAAAGCAAGAUAAACUGCCUGGAGCUGCAGGUGGAGCAGCUGAAUGCCAAAGUCGAGAAGACCCAAGAGGAGGUGAACUUCCUGAGCACGUACAUGGACCAUGAGUACCCGGUCAGGUCUGUCCAGAUCGCCAACCUUGCGCGCCAGCUUCAGCAGGCCAAAGACGACCAGCAGGAUGAGCUGGAUAACCUUGCUGAGAUGCGCAGAAUGGCCCUGGAGUUGCUGUCCACCAAGAUUUGGAAGAAGAAGGAAAAAAUCCUGAGGUCUCUGGCGAUGAGAACCCUGCAACCCCACGAGGAGGCCCUUCUGCAGAAGACCCAGGACAGCCAGUAUAGGCAGAGGUGCAGAGGGACGGUCACGGAGAUGCACCCCAGACAUGGACGUGGUCCUCAACCUUCCAGAAGAAGAGCUCCUCUUCUAGAGGAUGCCGCGGCUGCCCUCCCCCUCCCUUCCCAGCACCUGGAGCCUGGAUGGGUUCACUUCCAGCCUGAGUCUCCGUUCAGACCCUGCUCUGAGUCCCUCCUCCCCCUCCUCCCUUCCUUUCCUGUAUACAAUGAUUUCUUUCCCUUCUCUUUCUCUCCCUUUUCUGCAGUGGCCCUGCCCCCCAGGCCAGCUGGGGAUUCCCAGUUAAAAAUUUCCAUUCCUUUCUACCAAUAAAGUCGGGUCUGAAUUGC